AUGUCUGAACAUGUUGAAACGCCGUUUACAAACUCUGAAAGGGGGGAACUGAGUGAAAAAGUGCGAGAAACGAACGGGAGCAGUGAGGAAGUGGUAGCAAACGUACCUAUGAGUCGAGUGUCGAAGAAAAACGGGUUGAAAAAGAAGAAGAAAGACCGGUGUUACUACGAGAAAUGCGGAUCAACAGCUCUGAAAUUUAUAGGCGACUGCCAGUUCUGCCAGGGACAUUUCUGCUCACGUCACAGAAUCAUGGAAAAUCAUUCUUGCCAGGGACUCAAAUCUUGCAAAGAACAAAUGCAUCAGCGUAACGCGGACAAGCUGGCCGCAGAACAAACAAUUGUGUCUAAAAUUCAGAUUUGA